AUGAGUAGUAUAAUUUCUGGGCAUGACAUUUAUGCAUUACAAUUACAGAAGAAUACUGAUGUUACAUCACAUCAUACAUUGAUAGAAGUUGAACUGAGACGUAAAACAUUGUAUGAAGAUAUACUCAAAUGCGUCAAAAAUUGGAUAUUUGAUCACAGUGAUCGGAAUGAUCGUAAACGUUUAACUGAAAUGCAAAUGUCACAUCUUCUCUUACGUUAUAUAUUCAACAAAAAAGCAACGCUGUUUGAUUCAAAAUCUGAUCCAGUAUUUAUCAUUGGUAAAUCUUCCCUUGCUAGAAAUCAACUUGAACGUGAUCUAAAAAACAUAAAUCUAAAAGGUGCAGAAAAAUUGGCUAAAAUAAUUGAUCAUGAACUCGAGAGUGCUGCAACACAGUUACGCUCCGAAAAGUUUAGAAGGGACAAACAAGUGACAUUGUCUACAUCUACAGACGGUAAACUUAUUUAUCGAGAUCGUUCUCAAAAAGAUUUCAAUCAGUUAGCACAACGCUAUGGACCUGACUAUUACAAUGCAGCUUAUGCACUUGGAUUGCGAUAUACUUAUAUCUGUCUGACAGGUCAUGGUCUUGCUCGAUCGUAUAAAGAAGAAACAGAACGUAGUCCACAUGAUUCAUCAGUUUGUGAAUGUUUUGCUUCUGCUUUCAAUCAUUAUUUUGAUCAAUAUCAUUCAGCUUUUCCAGAUCUUGAAGUCUUUUUUGGAUCACGUGGUUCUUUCUUUAACAUAAAUUGGGCAGAACAGCCUUCAAAUAUGACUUAUUAUGUAAGUCCUCCAUAUGAUGAAUCACUUAUACAAUUAGCUGUCGAUCAUGUUUUUAAUGCACUGGAUAAUCAUUUAGUAUCUCAAUCUACAUUUAUUUUCUGUAUACCUGGAAGAUGGACAAAUUUUAGUGCUCUUGAUGCAUUGAAAGCAAGUUCAUGGAUGCAAGAUUUUGUUGAUUAUUCAAAAGAUAAAUUACCUUUUAUUGAUUAUAUGGCAGCAAAUGAGAAAGAUCGAAUUAUUUAUCCAACAGAUACUUGUAUUAUUACUCUUUCGACUGAAAUUAAAAAAGAAAAAACACAAUCCAUACCAUCAAGAACAAAAAAACGAACGAAUGAAAUUGAAGAAAUAGAAGAUUAUAAUUCAACGACUACAAAUGAAACUAAAAAAAGAAAACUUGACUGA